AUGUCGACAAAUAAUAUUGAAAUUCUGGCGCAGCGCUUGAGCUCUGCAGAUUCAGAUGUCAAAGCUAAGGUAGAGGCGGCGACGCAGCUGCGCGACAAUUUAGAGCACUACAUAUCGGGCCCCAGAUACCCAGCCUUCUUGGAGAAGCUUGUCCCGGUGCUCAUCAACUGCUUGAAUGGCCCACCUGUGUUUAUUAGCACAUCUGCGGACCAGAAACUGCGAUAUUGUGUCCUCGAAAUACUCCACCGUCUACCUACGAGCCCCCCGGAGCCAUUCGAGCCAUAUGCUGGGCAAGUUGUCGAUCUGCUGAUAAAGUUGGUCAGUGUUGAUAACGAGGAAAAUGCGUCGCUAUGCGUUAAGACGAUUAUGGAUAUCAUGCGGCACCAGACCAAGGUCUGCCAGGACAAGGUCCAGCCCUUCCUCACCCUCAUACAGCAGUUGUUCGAUGGGAUGGAAGCAGUGGUACGAGAACAACUGGACAACCCCGAACCGGGAUCCCAUGGCCCUCCAGCAUCAACUCCCGGCAGUUCACAGACGUACCAAAACUCUCCCCGGCCUGGUUCACCUGUUGCUUCCGUCUCGGACCUUGGUGCAGAUCCACAGCAGCAAACAAGGCCUCUCUUGAAGGGGAUGGCAUCGUUCAAGGUCCUGGCCGAAUGUCCGAUCAUCGUGGUAUCUAUAUUCCAGGUCUACCGGGCGUCUGUCCCCGCGAAUGUGAAGCUAUUUGUGCCACUCAUUAAGAGCGUCCUCAUGCUCCAAGCAAAGCCACAGGAGGAGGCACACAGGGAAGCUGCUGCGAGAGGGACAAUUUUUACAGGUGUUAGCCCCAAUAUCCGCAAUAGGGCUGCUUUUGGAGAGUUCAUUACCGCUCAAGUGAAAACGAUGAGCUUCCUGGCAUAUCUCCUCCGUGUCUACGCGCAACAGCUUACCGAUUUCCUCCCGACACUACCAGAAAUUGUGGUUCGAUUACUGAAGGAUUGCCCGCGGGAGAAAUCAGGAGCACGAAAAGAACUUCUGGUGGCUAUUCGGCACAUCAUCAACUUCAACUUCCGGAAGAUCUUCUCGAAGAAGAUUGACGAGCUUCUCGAUGAGAGGACCUUGAUCGGUGAUGGUUUGACUGUCUACGAGACGAUGCGGCCUCUUGCAUACAGCAUGCUUGCUGAUCUGAUACAUCACGUUCGGGACUCUCUUGAGCCUGCACAGAUUCGAAAAACUGUUGAGGUCUACACCAAGAAUCUGCAGGACAGUUUCCCUGGUACCAGCUUCCAAACCAUGAGUGCAAAAUUACUCCUCAACAUGGCUGAGUGCAUCGCGAAGAUGCCCAACAAGGCAGAUGCUCGACACUAUCUCAUCCUGAUUCUUAAUGCCAUAGGCGAUAAGUUUGCAGCUAUGAACAGACAAUACCCUAAUGCUGUCAAGCUGUCGAAGUUGUAUGCGCAGCAAUCAGCCGAUACCUCCCCUGACAACUAUCUGGCGGACAAGGACCACCCACCUGAUUGGGAUGAGAUAGACAUCUUCACGGCUAUGCCUAUAAAAACAUCAAAUCCUCGAGAUCGUGGCGCUGAUCCUGUGGCGGACAACAAGUUCUUGUUUAAGAACCUGAUGAAUGGACUGAAGAACACAUUCUAUCAACUGAAGGCAUGCAAUGUCGCUUCUCCAAUCGAUCCGACCAAUGCCCCUGCACAUUGGCAGGAAGUUUCGUAUGGAUUCACCGCCGAAGAAGUGCAAGUCAUCAUCAAGCUCUUCCGUGAAGGUGCCUACGUCUUCCGGUACUACGAGAUUGAAAAGCCUGCAACGGAGUCCCAAUAUUCUUCUCCUGUUGAGUUUAUGGCGAAUCACUACAUGAUCUCCAGUAGCAAGGAGGAGAAGGAUCUGCUCGAAACCUUUGCUACGGUCUUCCACUGCAUAGAUCCAGCGACCUUCCAUGAAGUCUUCAACGAAGAGAUUCCAAGGCUCUACGACAUGAUUUUUGAGCAUACUGCCCUGCUCCACGUGCCUCAGUUCUUCCUUGCGAGUGAAGCAACCUCUCCCAGCUUUGCAGGCAUGCUUCUUCGGUUCCUUAUGGAUCGUAUUGAUCAGGUUGGAACGGCUGACGUUAAGAAGUCUUCCAUCCUACUUCGCUUGUUCAAGCUCGCCUUUAUGGCUGUCACUCUCUUCUCGAAUCAGAACGAGCAGGUCCUGUUGCCACAUGUGGUUGACAUCGUUACUAAAUCGAUUGAGCUAUCGACCACCGCGGAAGAGCCAAUGAACUACUUCUUACUCCUGAGAUCUCUUUUCCGAAGCAUUGGAGGUGGAAAGUUUGAACAUCUCUACAAGCAAAUCCUCCCACUCCUUGAGAUGCUUCUAGAAGUCCUCAACAAUCUCCUCUUGGCUGCUCGGAAGCCAUCCGAUCGAGAUCUCUAUGUCGAACUAUGUCUAACAGUUCCGGCACGAUUAAGCAAUCUUCUUCCGCAUCUCAGCUUUCUGAUGCGGCCACUCGUGAUUGCGUUGCGUGCUGGUUCUGAUUUGGUGGGACAGGGAUUGCGGACUCUGGAGCUCUGCGUCGACAAUCUAACAGCUGAUUACCUCGACCCAAUCAUGGCACCAGUCAUCGAUGAAUUGAUGACAGCACUCUUCGAUCAUCUCCGACCAGCUCCGUACAGCCAUUUCCACUCCCAUACCACUAUGCGGAUUCUUGGGAAGUUGGGUGGUCGUAACAGAAAGUUCAUGACAGGCGCACCAGGGCUGACCUUUCAGCAAUUUUCGGAUGAUGUGACCAGCUAUGAUCUUAAACUAAUCGGCACGAAGAAGGAUAGGGCAUUCCCUGCCGAGAUUGGGGUGGAUCUCGCUAUUGGGAAGCUAAUGGAGAUUCCCAAAGGAGCUGCCGCGAAGAAGUCAGAUGGCUACUAUAAGAAACAGGCCCUUCAUCUGAUAAAGGCCCAAUUGAAACUUCGCCUAGGCGUUGAUAGUCUCCCAGAUGAUUUCGCUCGACUUGUCCGCCUACAAGCUCAAGAUCUGCUGGCAAACAAGUCCGAUGCUGACUUUUCCAUUCUCGAGGCGACCGACAAAGAACGGUCUACGCUCAAGAAGGAGGGACAGGAUGCGAUGCUCAAAAAGCUUAUCAAAGCCUGCAUCUUCGCUGUCUCGUUGCCUGAUUUAUCUGCCGAAGCCAUGGCAUUGUUGACUAAUGUUUGCAGGCACAUUACGAUCCUUGAAGUAGGUAGGUCUCUGAUCGAAAUGAAAAAGAAGACCCAGGCAUUUGAUGUGAGGGCCGGAGAGGGGCCGUUGUCUAUCGAUAGCAGAGUACUUGGGGAUGCUAUUGCUGAGUCCCUAGCAUCUGAUAUGCCUGCCGUCCGUGAAGCUGCGGAGGCUGCAAUCCAGGAAAUCUAUGAAUCAACUGCCAUCAUUUUUGGAUCCAAUGCUGAGGUUGUUAAAUUAUCCUUCUUCACCUAUCUGAGCAGCACCUUCUGCCAUGGAUGCUAUGAGGAGGAGUGGUUUACCAAAGCUGGCGGUAGCCUAGGCAUCAAUCUCCUGCUCACCAAGAUCAAUCUAGGUGAUGCCUGGGUACAUGAUAGACAAAUUGACUUUGCGCGAGCUCUACUAUAUGUCAUCAAAGACAUGCCACCAGAUUUACCGGCAAAGACUCGCGUGGGAGCGCAAGAGACUCUUGAAGUCUUAUUGUACCGGUGUACGAAGAACGCCUCCAAAGCCGACCUGCAACCCCCACCACCCGCUCAACCAGGUCAACCACCACAGCGACCUUCGAAAAUGUUUCAGCUAUGCGGAAUUCUGAGCAACGAGCUCUCUCACAUGAAUCGGCAUGUCCGAGAGACUGCGAAACGAGCACUAGAGAUUGUUGCGAAAGAACUUGGGGUCGAGGUCUAUGAAUUAUUGGAGCCUACCAAGGAACGCUCUUUGACGCCAAUAUACAACAAACCACUAAGAGCCCUGCCAUUCUUGGUACAAAUCGGUUUCAUCGACGCUGUUACAUACUUCAUGAGCUUAAAGCACGAUUUUGUCGUUUUUGACGACCAUCUCAAUCGACUGCUCAUGGAAUCACUGGCUUUGGCUGACGCUCCCGAUGAAUCUCUCGCUGGCAAGCCAUUGGAGUAUAAAAACUCUGAAAACAUUGUCAACCUUCGAGUUGCUUGCAUCAAGAUGCUCACGACAGCAAUGGGAUUUGAAGACUUCCUUCCACCUGAAGAUACACAAAAUUCCGCCCAAAAGUUACCAGUGAAUGCUACCAGGACAAAGAUCGUGUCGGUAUUCUUCAAGUGCCUGUACUUGGAAUCAAAACAGACGAUUGAGGCGGCGAACGAUGCAUUGAGGGUCGUUCUGUCUCAGAAAACAAAGCUUCCGAAAGAUCUUCUUCAGAACGGGCUUCGACCGGUAUUGGCAAGCCUGCAAGACCCACGACGUCUGAGUGUUCACGGACUCGAUAGUCUUGCCAGGCUGUUGCAACUUUUGACAACAUACUUCAAAGUGGAGAUUGGUCAUCGACUGCUCGACCAUGUCAAAGUCCUUGCCGAACCCAACAUACUGCAGCGCAUCUCUUUUACCCUCAUUGAGCAGAAUGAGCAGAUGAAGAUAAUCGCCUCUGUGUUCAACAUCUUCCAUCUCCUGCCUCCUGCCGCAGAACAGUUUAAGGAGAGACUUAUUGAAACCGCGCUAGAUCUUGAGGAGAAGCUUCGCAGAACUCGUUCUAGCCCAUUUCGCGCUCCUCUGUACAAGUAUCUCAACCGUUAUCCCAAAGAGGUUUGGCUUCUACUUUUGGGAAAAAUUGAGGAGCAAAAGUAUGGUCGCUUUUUAGCACAGGUCCUCGAGCAUGAAGACAGCAAACCACUUCGGAAAGUUGUAGUAGAUAAUGUGGAGUCCCUGAUCAAGAGUUGCGGGGACUUGGGAGCCGAGAACAAAGAAACCCGCUAUGCCGCCGUGAUCAAUGCCAUUAACAUCAUCCAUGCUACGACCAAGUUUGAAGGAACAAGCGACUGGAUGGAGAAGAAAGAGAACCUUCAGUGGUUCAAGUUGGUGGGCAAAAAUCUCGAACUUCAUUUGCGCACAAACACCUUACCCCCGAAUCUCCGUCUCGCCGCUGAGCAAGCUGGGGAUCAGUUGAUGGUGAUUUUCACUAAAUUCUUAGAAUACCACCCUCGAGAUCUCGACUCACUGUUUAGCCUGAUUGACUCAGUCACCGCGGAAGACUUCAGGCCCAGUCACCCACUCUUCUCAUACCUCUAUAAUCGUAUCAUUUGCAACGACUCCAUCGAAUACUGGAAGACUGUCGUAAUGAGAUGCCUGGAGGUGUAUGCGAACAAGACUGCGUCACAGAAGACCAAAACCUUCUUGCUCCACAACCUUGUCAAUCCAAUCAUUGCCAUGGAUAUCAUGCGGGUUUCGAAGCAGCCAACUGCCUCAAAGGGCCCUCGACUGAUAGAUAAGGCAGUUAUUGAAUCCAUCCACACGAAGAUUUGGAAGGUCGGCCUGGGUGAUCCGAACGAUGACUUGACACAGCCAGGAAUUGACCACACACGAAUGGAGGUUCUGCAGUUGACUGCCAUGCUCGUAAAGUAUCAUCAUUCGGUCCUUCAAGAAGCCAGAAAGGACAUCAUCAAGUUUGGUUGGACGUAUAUUCGUGUUGAGGACGUGAUCAACAAACAUGCUGCAUAUGUAGUCAUUGGCUACUUCAUUGCUCACUACGAGACACCGGCCAAGAUUGUCCAGCAGGUCUACUUUUCUCUGCUCAAGACCAACCAAAAUGAGGGGCGCGCCCUGGUGAGUCAGGCAUUGGAGCUCAUAGCUCCUGUUCUUCCUAAGCGCUGCAAUGCGACGCCCGGAGACCGGAAUCCUAUCUGGGCAGCUGCUCCCCGUCGUAUCCUCUCCGAAGAGAGUCAGAAUGUCCAGCAAAUGACGAACAUCUUCAACUUCCUGGUGAAACAUGCCGAUCUAUUUUACGAAUCCCGGGACAAGUUCAUCCCUCUCAUCAUCAGUUCUCUGCGCAAGAUUGCUCAGCCUCCCAACUCAUCAAAUGAGAGCAAGAAAUUGGUUCUCCAUCUGAUGACGUUGAUUUGGCAAUGGGAACAAAGGCGUGUUGAAGGAAAGGAUAGCUCGCCAGUUCGUGCUUUCUCGGAGUCUCCCAAUACGAAAAAGCGUAAGCUGGAUAGUCUGAACGAUCAACAAACGUCCUCGCCAUCACCGUCUAAGCCUGGGUCAUCUGCUUCGAUUGAUAGGCCCGAAUACCAAAUCCCAGCCAUGGCAAGAGCUAAGAUGGUCAAAUAUCUGGUAGAGUUCAUCGCUUCACUCACUGAGCGCUAUCCACUUCCUUCGGCCAGAACACCAACAAUGGCAGCUUCGCAUGCCCCAAUGCAACCUCCUCCGUCUGUGGAAAUGUGUAAGAAGGCCAUGUCACUCUUUCACAACAUUCUACAACCUCAGUAUUGGGGUGACCUCGAUAUUGACCUAUUUCCAAAUGUUACCGAGACAAUUUUAGCAAGCGACAGAACUGUUGCAGCGCUUGCUAGCGAGCACUCCGACAAGGAAAAGCCCGAUGAGAAGUUUAUCACCAACAUGGUCAACACCCUCCAGAUUGUACGUAUCAUUGUCAACAUCAAGUCAGACGAGUGGAUCUUGAAGAAUAUGUCAACACUGCAGCGCGUUCUUGAAAAGUCUCUGAAGUCUGAUAAUCCAGAGAUUCAAGAUUGUUUACAUGCAGGAAGUGAAACUAUCGACGAUGGUCGCAAGUUGAAGCCACUUCUUAAGCGCAUUCUAGAUGCUGUUCCCGACGAUGUCCCGAUGGAGGAUGCGGAUGCCGAAGGCGAGGCAGAAGCUUCGACAUCUGAAAUUAUCACCUUCCUCUCCACAAUUGCCACGGAGACACUGUCGGCAAACAAUUACAUUUCUGGCAUCAACAUAUUGUGGACCUUAGCACAACGAAAGCCAUCUGAGAUGGACCAACACAUCAACCAGGUUAUGAAGGCAUUGCAGUCAAAACUGGCUCGAGAGCACGUGGCUCAUUUCAAUGCAGUCACGGGUCAAUCGGGACUGCCCGUCCUCGUUCGACCUGGCGAUGCUGAACAAGCCAAUAUCAUGAGCCCUUACGACCUGGAGAUCCAGACUUCUUUAAUGCUCAAGGCCAUUGAUAUAAUCUCAAUGCGAAUGGAUGUGCUCGGAGAUAAUCGACGUCCUUUCCUGAGUGUCCUCGCUACUUUGGUUGAGAAAUCUUUGAGCAAUCCGCUUUGUCUAAAGAUCUUGGACAUGGUGGAGACGUGGGUCUUCAGGUCCGAGGGAUCCUGGCCCACGCUCAAGGAGAAGACAGCAGUCCUACACAAAAUGUUGACAUUUGAAACUCGGGCAGAUCAGACCCUUUUGAUGAAGUUCUUGGAGCUCGUCAUUCGAAUAUACGAGGACCCCAAGAUCACCCGAACUGAGCUCACUGUCCGAAUGGAACAUGCAUUCUUGAUUGGCACAAGAGCACAGGACGUGGAUAUGCGCAACCGGUUCAUGACCAUUUUUGACAAGAGUCAGUCCAAGACUGCAAGUGUAAGACUCGCGUACGUGAUUUCUGCUCAGAAUUGGGAUACCCUGGCCGACUCCUACUGGCUGGCUCAAGCUUCCCAGUUGCUCCUUGGUUCUGUGGACCUGAACAGUUCUGUGCAACUGAAUGUCGAAGAUAUUCGGAUGAUUCCUGCCUCGGCUCUUUUCGAGACCUAUGCAAGAGAUAGCCGGACUCCAUCAUUGAUGGCAGACAACAAGUUCGAGAGCUUGAUGGCCUCCCACAGACGUUUCGUGUCCGAACUUGGUGACAUCAAAGCUCGCGACAUUAUCGAGCCUCUUAGCCAACUGCAACACCUAGACGCGAACGUCGCACAUAGUAUAUGGGUUGCCUUGUUCCCACUAUUUUGGGCGGCCACGCCCAAGGAUGAACGAAGUGAUCUAGAACGUGGAAUGGUCUCUCUCUUAACGAAGGAUUAUCAUUCACGUCAAAUUGACAAGAGACCCAACGUCGUUCAAUCUCUUCUCGAAGGUGCAGCUAAGUCUUGGCCAGAAUGCAAAAUUCCGCCCCACGUUCUCAAGUUUGAAGCGAAAACAUAUGAUGCCUGGUACACCGCACUUGUUCAACUUGAAAACGCUGCUAUCAAACCGGAGAUUGAUAGUGCAAUGGUUCGAGAGAGCAAUCUCGAUGCGUUGGUCGAGCUCUAUGCUGGUUUGCAGGAGGAUGAUCUUUUCUAUGGAACUUGGCGUCGACGUUGUCAAUUUGUGGAGACCAAUGCCGCCCUCUCAUAUGAACAAAACGGGAUGUGGGACAAAGCUCAGACCAUGUACGAAACGGCCCAGAUCAAAGCUCGCACCGGUGCUAUUCCAUUCUCACAAGGGGAGUACAUGCUUUGGGAGGAUCACUGGGUUUUAUGCGCACAGAAGCUUCAACAAUGGGAAAUACUCCAGGAUUUUGCAAAGCACGAGAACUUCCAGGAUCUUCUUCUGGAAUGCGCAUGGAAGCAGACGGAAAUGUGGCAGACCCCCGAUCACCGCGAUGCAUUGGACAAUCUCAUCAAGGGCGUGAUGGAUGCGCCAACACCCAGGCGUACAUUCUUCCAGGCGUUUAUGUCUUUGCUCAAGCUUCAUAACAAAACCGAGUCCCCUGCCGAGUUUAGCAAGGUCUGUGAUGAGGCGAUACAGCUUUCAAUCCGCAAGUGGCAUCAAUUGCCAAAACGCAUCACCAAUGCCCAUAUCCCGCUAUUGCAGAACUUCCAGCAGCUUGUCGAGCUUCAUGACGCCAGCGUUAUCUGUCAGAGUCUGGCACAAACAAAUCAAGGCAAUCUAGAUGUCAAAUCUGGUGAACUCAAAUUGUUACUUGGUACUUGGCGAGACCGACUUCCCAAUGUUUGGGACGAUAUCACGGCCUGGCAGGAUUUGGUAACUUGGAGACAACACAUCUUUGGUCUCAUCAAUACGACAUACUUACAACUCUUGCCUCCGCAGGGCCAGAACGCCAGCGGUGCCUCUUUUGCAUACCGGGGUUAUCAUGAGACUGCUUGGAUCAUCAAUCGAUUCGCCCACGUUGCUCGUAAGCAUCACUUGCCAGAGGUCUGCAUCAGCCAACUCAGCAGGAUAUAUACCUUGCCUAAUAUCGAAAUUCAAGAAGCUUUCUUGAAGCUCAGAGAGCAGGCGAAAUGCCAUUACCAAAAUCCCAAUGAACUCAGCAAUGGAUUGGACGUUAUCAACAAUACCAAUCUCAACUAUUUUGGCCCCAAUCAAAAGGCAGAAUUCUACACGCUCAAGGGUAUGUUCUUGGAGAAGCUAGGUCAGCGGGACGACGCAGCUGAAGCUUAUGGCAUGGCUUUAUUUUUCGAUAUCAAACUUCCCAAGGCUUGGGCAGAGUGGGGAUACUACAACGACCGCCUCUUCAAGGAGAAUCCCACAAACUAUGCCUAUGCAAAGAAUGCAUUAAGUUGCUACCUAGAAGCUGCUGGCCUUUUCAAAAAUGCGAAGUCCCGAAAAUUGCUUGCUCGAAUCCUUUGGCUUUUGAGUCUUGAUGAUGCCGAAGGUACUCUGGCUGCUCAGUUCGAUGAGUACAAGGGCGAGACCCCCGUGUGGUACUGGAUCACUUUCAUUCCUCAGCUCUUAACAGGUCUCGGCCACAAAGAAGCGUCCAAGGCGCACGGAAUCCUUGCCAAGAUUGCGAGGUCAUAUCCUCAAGCACUAUAUUUCCAACUGAGAACCAACCGGGAAGAUAUGCUGGCAAUCAAGAAAAGUCAAGAGCAGAAGGAGGAGAAAGAGCGUAGAAACAGGGCUCGCGCUCAAGCGCAAGCUCAGGCUCAAGGGUCAGCGCCCCAGCAAAAUGGCUCACCCAGUCUUCAGCGGCAAGAGACACCCAACACUGUACGACCUGAAAGUGCGGCAGGAUCGCGACCUGGAACUGCAAACCCUGAGAUGAAUUCCAAUUCCUCCACCGUGAAGUCGGAAGCCGAGACAAAUGGCGCAGCCGCUGGCCCAGCAAAUGGUCAAACAAAUGGCGCGGCAAAUGUUCCCAAUCCAAACGCUCCCAAUCAAAGUGGAGCAAUUCAGAAUGGAGCCAGUGGGCAACCGGCAGCACCUCCAGCAGUUCAAGCCGUACAGAAAAAACCACCGUGGGAGCACACCGAGGAGAUCCUAGCGGUUCUCAAGACAGCAUUCCCGCUAUUGGCUCUCUCAAUGGAAUCCAUGGUCGACCAAAUUGGGAAAUACUUCAAGUGUCCACCCGACGAAGAUGCGUAUCGCCUGAUCACGGCUUUGCUCAACGAUGCCCUUAACUACGUCGGUCGCAUGCCCGCUUCAUAUGCACAGGAUGUCAAGCUACCACCUGCAACCGAGGCCAACAUCACGAGAUUUGCGGAGACCAUCCUCCCUGCCCAUAUCCGCAAACAAUUUGACGCGGACUUCGUCUUCAAGAAACCAACGAUGUACGAAUAUAUCCACAAGCUUCGGAGAUGGCGAGACAAAUUUGAGGAAAAGCUUGACCGCCGACGGACCUUUGCUUACCUGGAGAACUACACCAGCCACCUCAGCGAAUUCCGGUUCCAGAAGUUUGAUGAGGUCGAGGUCCCAGGACAGUAUCUGCAACAUAAAGACAAGAAUCAAGACUUUGUUCGUAUCGAUAGAUUCCUGCCAAAUGUCGAUCUUGUCCGAGGUAUAGGAGUCUGUCACCGCAGAUUGAAAAUUCGAGGUCAUGACGGUAGUCUUCACCCCUUCGCCAUUCAACACCCAGCGGCUCGGAAUUGCAGACGUGAGGAGCGGAUUUUGCAGCUCUUCAGACAUUUCAACAGCAGCCUGAGCAAGCGUAAGGAGAGUCGACGCCGCAACCUUAACUUCCACCUGCCGUUGAUGAUCCCUCUUGCGCCGCAUAUCCGGAUGGUCCAAGAUGAUCCUACGUAUAUCACGCUUCAGGGCAUUUAUGAAGACCAUUGCAGAAAGAGUGGUAUGUCUAAGGACGAUCCGGUUCUGUUCACAAUGGAGAAAAUGAGGGCCUUAUUAGAGAGCAAGAAACACCCAGAGCAGGCUCUCACAGCACGGUUGGAGACUUUCACUGCCAUCCAGGAGAAAUGGGUUAGGCACGAUCUGGUCCUCGAUUACUUUACGAACGUCUAUCCAUCAUUUUCUGAGUUCUGGCUCUUCCGUAGACGGUUCUCGUACCAGUUCGCCGCACUUACCUUCAUGACAUACAUCCUCCACAUGCACAAUCGAUACCCUCACAAGAUGUCCAUCGCUCGUGCUACUGGCAAUGUCUGGGGUUCCGAACUGAUGUCAUGUAUGGCAGCAGGCAAAGCAUUCUUCCACAAUCCCGAACCGGUUCCAUUCCGUCUCACACCAAACCUUCAGACGCUCAUGGGGCCUCUUGCCACGGAAGGUAUCUACAGCUGCGCGAUCAUGGCCAUUGCUCGAUGUCUUACGGAACCAGAAUUCGAGCUAGAGCAGCAACUCAGCUUGUUUGUGCGUGAUGAGAUGAUCUUCUGGUUUACGAGCAGUCAUAGGAGCCCUCAGAUGGUGGAGGGGCAGCUGAGGGAGACGGUGCAGACCAAUAGUGAACUCAUCGUUAAGAGAACUUUGAGCCUUGCACAGCCGCCAACUGGCACCCUGCCCGCGAACCAGACUGUCAUUGACCUGAUCGCCAAGGCUGUCAACCCCAUGAAUCUGGCUGGGACUGAUGCUCUCUGGAUGCCUUAUCUGUAG